AUGUUACCUGUAAGUCCUCAUGAUGCUAAUAAAGCUGAAAUUUUGCAGGAAAGGCAAAAGCGAUUAGCCAAAUGGAAGCAAAAGAAAGCUCAUUCAGAUGAGCAGUCGAAGACGAAACAAGAGAAUCUUACUAACAGCGAGAACACUAAUCAUGAUAGACAAGCAGAGAGGCGUCAGAAGCUUCAAGAAUGGAAGGACAAGAGGAGAAAGAGAAAUGAGGAGAGCUCAGACAAGCAGUCACCUCAGCCACGGGAGCAAAAGAAACGAAAGAGUUCGAUGAAGGGUAAAACUAAGAACAAUGAUAGUGCAAAUGUUUUCGAUGCUAGCGAUGACGAAGAGUUCGUGUCGACGAAAGUUGAACUAUUCGUUCCCAAGACAUCUAGUAGCAAAGACGGUUCUAACGCAGUGUUAUCUCAUGGAAAACGUGAGACCACCAAGAAUGACAAAGAUCCUUUGGAUGAGUAUAUGCAAGGAAUUCACUCAAUUAAAGGCACAUCAACAAAUAAUCGUAUCGGAUACUUAUUCGACGAGGAGGACAAUGAUACAGGUGUUGAAGAUAUGGCCUUUGAGAGAACUGAUACUAAUGAGGAUACAAGAUAUGCCAAGAUUGCCAAGAUGAAGCUAAAAAAACAGGUGCUCAGCAUAAAAUAUACAUCAGAGGACUUGGAGCCCUUCCGUAAAAAUUUCUAUGUCCAACCAGAAGAGUUUGACUCUAUGUCUGAAAGCGAAAUUGAAGAAAUCCGGUUAAGCAUGGGAAAUAUAAAAGUGAAGGGGAAUCAGUGCCCAGUGCCAGUAAGUCGGUGGUCUCAACUAGGAUUGUCCUCAGAUGUUAUGAAUUUAAUCACACAAGAUUUUGAUUACGGCAGCCCAACACCUAUCCAGUCUCAAGCAAUUCCCGCGAUAAUGAGCGGUAGGGAUGUUAUUGGUAUAUCUAAAACGGGGUCCGGUAAGACAAUAUCUUACCUUUUACCUUUAAUAAGGCAGAUCAAAGCUCAGCGACCUUUAUCACGAGAUGAGACUGGCCCGUUGGGAUUGAUACUUGCCCCAACCAGAGAACUUGCAUUGCAGAUCAAUGAAGAAGUUCAAAAAUUUAUCCGAGGGGAUGAUUCCGUUAGUUCUAUCUGCUGCACGGGUGGGUCGGAACUAAAGCAUCAGAUAAAUGUGUUAAGAAGAGGUAUUGAAAUUAUUGUGGCAACGCCUGGAAGAUUCAUCGAUCUAUUAACUUUGAAUUCAGGUAAACUAAUAAACACUAAAAGAAUAACUUUUGUCGUGAUGGAUGAAGCAGAUCGACUGUUUGAUCUUGGAUUCGAACCGCAAAUAACACAAAUAAUGAAAACCAUACGAUCUGACAAGCAGUGCGUUUUAUUCAGUGCUACUUUCCCUAAUAAACUACGCAGCUUUGCAUUAAGAGUGUUACGAUCCCCUUUGACCGUAACCGUAACCUCUAAUAGUUUGGUCAAUGAGAAUGUAAAACAAAAAUUUGAGAUAGUAGAUGGGGAGGAGAAAAAGUUCCUGAAACUAUUGAAGAUUUUGAAUGAAAGUAUAAAGACUGAGGAUGAGGAGGAGGAAGAACUGAAAGAAGAUGACGAGCCUAAAGAUGAAAAGAUUAUAAUUUUCGUCAGUAGUCAACAGAUCUGUGACAUUCUUUUCAAGAAGCUAGAAUGCGAAGGCUACCAUCUAUUUUCGAUCCAUGCUGGAAAACCUUAUCAGGAGAGAUUAAAAAAUUUAGAGAACUUUAGAAGCACCAAAAAUAGUAUUUUGAUCUGCACAGAAGUGCUAUCUCGUGGAUUGAACGUCCCCGAGGUAUCAUUAGUUAUUAUUUUCAAUGCUGUGAAGACGUUUGCGCAGUAUGUUCACACUACAGGAAGAACUGCUCGUGGUACGAACAAAGGCGUUGCCAUCACUCUUCUGUUAGAAAACGAACUUGCUGCAUCUUUCAUUUUAUCGAAAGCACUAAGAACUAGUGAGCUCGAGGAACAUGAUGAGCACCAAGUUAGAGCUCUAAAAGAUAUGAGUGCAGCUUUCACUUCUGGUAUCAAAGAGGGUAGGUAUAAGGUCUCGUCAGGAUUUGGUGGCAAAGGGUUAGACAAUCUGGAAUCUAAAAGAGAAGAAAAACAGAUGGAACAAAAGAAGCGGUUUGAAGGUGGUAAUGCCUCUUCUCACGAGGAUGGCCACAGACAAAGUAAUCAAGAAGAUGACAAUAAUACUACACACAUCAAGGUUCCUAAGAUUGAGUACACCGUCAUAAAAAACUCAAAUACUGACGGCACGAUAACAUACAGUGCGAGAGUUAACGUUAACGAUUUACCUCAACUUGUGAGAUGGGAAGUCACCAAGAAUACAACAUUAAUGCUAGUCAAACGGGAAACUGGAUGCAGUAUAACUAACAAAGGUAGAUAUUACCCCGAAGGUAAAUUACCAGAGUCUCCUCGUGAUGAACCAAAACUGUACUUGCUUCUAGAAUCGAAGGAAGAGAAAGAUAUAAGAUUAAGCAUUGACAUUUUAGAACAAAAAGUUAAAGAGGGUGUUCGAAAAGUUAGUAACAAUUUCAUCAAGGAUACCAAAUAUUAA